UUUAUGCUUCUUCUCUAUCUGUUUUGGAAUUGCAAAGCGCUCGACUGUUUUUAUAAUUUGAAUUUCUGUUUCAUUGUAGAGAUUUUCUAACAUGGUUUCAAAUAAUUAAUUAUUGUUUGUAUUUUUCUGCUUCGAGGUUAUCACUUUUGUGCACCUUUCUUUUUUCUAUUGUUUCGCGUGGUUAACACAAACGCGAGUGUUCUCCUUUUGGAAGAAUGUAGGGUUCAUUGGUGCCCUAGUUUCAAACUCAACCUCGCUGGGCGGGUUUUGAGAUUUGAAAAUAAAGAAAGAAGGAGGAAAGUAAUGUUGCAGUUACGUGAAGAAUAAAACUAUUUAAGGAGUUGUGUAGUGAGUGUUAGAUAUUUUUUGUAUAAAAGAAAUAUUUAGAAGACUUCAGGAUCUUGUAGGCUCGAGUACCAUUACUGGGGAUUGAAAGGUAUUCUUAUCUUUUGAGAUAUUGACUGGAGAAACCAUUGUCUCUUAUUGAUGCAUCAAUAAAUUUGUAAAUUAACUGGGGUGAUAGAAAAAAAAAUAUUCGUUUCUGGCCUCUUGAUUAAUCUCAACAGACUAUAAUUUUGGAAGAAUGUACAUGUAACAAUUGAUGGUUUGUUUCGAGAGAAUAACAGAACACUCUUGGUAGCUUAAAUGUACCCCAGCGAUUAGUUGAUCUGGACUGGGUGUUUCUGAGGAGAACUAUGAUCUUGAUUGCUGUGUAGUGGGGAAACAAUUAUUACACGAAGUUUAUCUUACUGUAUGAUUGGCUUGAUGCCAGGAUGUUCAAGAAUCUCCAUUAGUUAUUGUAGCCAGGCACAUUUACUGGAUCGUAUGGCAGGGAAAAAUCGCCUCCUACAUGACUCUGAUGCUUUUCGAGGUUUCCGCGAAGGUCCUCUGCCUGUUUUGAACAGAGGUCCAGGACUGAUGCCUGUACACCCUGCAGCUUUGGAGGAGGAGCUUGAAAUUCAACAAAGAGAGAUGCAUCGGAUGAUUUCUGGUAAUCGAAAUAUUAUUGAUGAUAACACACAUCUGCAAAUGGAACUUACAGCUGCAAAAGAUGAGAUUCACAGAUUGGGGCAGAUUAUACCCAAACUUCAUGCUGACAAAGAUGCUGAGGCCUGGGAAUUGAUUGAUAGAGGAUUGAAGCUAGAGGCUGAACUACGUACAGCUCAGUCUCUGAAAGUAGAGGUUGUGCAGUUGAGAGAUGAAGUUCAAAUAUUGAAUGCUUUGCGGCAACAAUUGACCACUCAAGUCAGAGGCCUCAUGCAGGACAUUAAUCGAUCGCAAGCUGAGAAUAAGCAACGAAUUUCCAUGAGGACUGAUAUAAUUGGGAUUCGCACUGAGCUUGAUGAGGCCAGGAGAGCUUUUGAAUAUGAGAAGGCGGUCAAUGAGGAGCUAGCUGAACAUAGGCAAAUAAUGGAGAAAAACCUCAUUUCCAUGGCUCCUGAGAUUGAGACAUUACAAGCAGAACUGCUGAAUGCAGAGAGGAGAGGACGAAGAUUUGGGAUUAUGAAUGUUGAAUGGAAGCCCUGACAUGAGAUGUGCUAAUGCUGGCGGUGCAUUUGACGACAGCUAUAGUGGUGCUUGGGGAAUUUAUGAUAAGCAUGGCUCUGCUCGAUGCUGAUCUCUUAUGAAGUUGUUUUCAGAUGCUCUGUUGAAUUUGUAUGUCUUGGUUUUAGCUUCUAAGUGAU